UUCACAGAAGCUUCGAAGCCGGCACACUAACCUGCGAGAUAGGAGAAGGUUGUGACCAGCUACGAUUGAUUCACAGCAGACGAAGAGUAGCGUAAGUCGAAAUCUUAAAUUGCGUACGACUGCAAUUAUUGUUCGGCACCAUGAGUAAUCUCGACAGAUAUUUCAUAUCUGGUCUCAUCCACCAGUAUUUACUGGAAACGGAUACAUCGUUGGCGAAUGUCUUUCAGAAAAAAACAAACGCGCCUGCAUUGACGAAAGGAUGUCCGCAAUUAUCUGAAAUAUUUUUGUAUUUCCAAAAACACGCUCCUAAAAAAGUCACUGUAGUCAAGUCGGGUAAAAAGUCCAGUUCAGAUUCGAGUUCGGAGACUGAGGAGGAAUCACAGAAAACAAAUAUUUCUACCCAGCAAGUAAAUGGCAAGGGAUCAGUUAUUAAAACUGUACCACUUAAGCAGGUGACAAAAUCUUCCUCGGAAGAUUCUUCCAGUGAUGAUGAGACACCAGCUCAGAAACAAUUACAAAAAGUAAAGACAAAUGCCAAGGCAGCUCAAAAAGAGAGCUCUGAAGAAGAGAGUUCUGAAGAAGAAACUCAAAAAGCAAAAACAAAUGAUAAAAAGAAAGCUGUUGCUUUGAAAGCAGUAACGGCAAAUUCAAAAGUAGUUCAACCUGGUAAAAAGCUGCCUGCAGGUAAACCAACUCCUCAGAACCAAGAAUCCUCUAGCGAUGAUUCUGACGAUUCAUCAGAUGAAAAAUCAACAGUCAAACAGCCAGCCGUUAAGACAUCUACACCAAAAGUAGCUGCAAAAACACAGCCACAAAAACAGAGUAAACCAGUUCCUUCAAAGCCAGUUACAAAACAAGAAUCAUCGAGCGAGGAAAGUAGUGAUGAAGAAGAAUCUGUACAAACAAAAUCAAAUCUCAGUAAAUCAUCCAUACCAGCAAAGGCAGUACCUGCUAAAAAAAAAUCUUCGAGUGAAGAUAGUAGCGAGGAAGAACAGCCUACUAAGAAACCAACUCCAGUUGCCGCUAAACAGAAAGAAUCUUCCUCGGAUGAAGAGAGCAGUGAGGACGAAGCUCCUGUUAAAAAACCUGUACCUGUUAGCAAAACAUCUGCAAAAACAGCUGUGACCUCUAAGUUACAAUCACAAAAGCAAGGUAAACCAACACAAGCAGUCCAUGCAGAAUCAUCAUCGAGCGAAGAAGAAAGUAGCGAAGAUGAAGAACCUGCAAAAAAACCAGUUGUCAAUAAACCAUCAGUAGCAACGAAAACAACACCUGCCAAGAAAGAAUCUUCCAGCGAAGAUAGCAGUGAAGAGAGCAGUGAAGAUAAAUCUCCUGCUAAAAAACCAGCUGUUGUAAAACAAAACACGACGAGCAAAGUUAAUCCUAUGAAGAAAAAAGAAUCAUCGAGCGAUGAUUCGGACGAUGACUCCGAGGAGGAUGAAAAACCAGCGGCAAAAGUAACCCCAAAAGCAGCAAACAGCAAACCAGCACCUAAAAAGCAAGAAUCUUCCAGUGAAGAUUCAGAUGAUUCGGAAGACGAAGCACCAGCUGAGAAACCCACACUAAAAGCACCAGCAAAAGCAACUGCUAAGAAAGAAUCUUCAGAUGAUUCUGAUUCAGACUCAUCCGAAAAAGAAAAACCGAAGCCAGCAACUAAACAGGCCUCUAGCUCGGAAGAGAGUAACUCUAGCGAAGAGAAACAAGCACCGAAAGCAGCGAUUCAAACGCCUGCCAAAGGACAGAAAAGGAAACAUACAGAUGACGAUGAAACACCAGCAAAAGGUGCCAAAAAUAAUUAUGGCAACUUCGUGAAAGCUAAUAAUAGUUUUAAUGGAGACAACAAGAGCAAGCAAAAUCGCACAUACCAACGCGUAAAAAGUGACGAGGUCAAAGUGGAUCCUAAAUUGGCUAACAAUUCCUUCGAAGCAAAGGAUGACAAUGAAAACAAUCAUAGUUUUAAGAGACAAGGUGGUGGAUUUAGAGGCGGAUUUAGGGGUGGCAGGGGUGGUCGCGGCGGUUUUAGAGGCGGACGCGGUGGUGGUGGCGGCGGGCGUUGGAGUAACAGCGGCGACAGGGAUGGCGAUAGGGGUAAUCGUUGGAGCGGGGGCGGGGGCGGCGACAAGGACGGCGGUAACGAUAGGGGUAAUCGUUGGAGCGGUGGCGGCGACAGGGACGGUGAUAACGAUAGGGGUAAUCGUUGGAGCGGCGGCAACAGGGAUGGCGAUAGAAGUAGAGGUCGCGGUGAUUUAGAGGUGGUCGCGGUGAUUUUAGAGGUGGUCGUGGCGGUAGAGGCGGUUUCGACGGCAGGAAAUCCUGGGGAAAUAGAGAUAACGAUGGACCAAGAAAAUCGUGGGGAAACAACGCGGACGGCGAUAGGGGAAAUCGUGGUGGUUUUAGGGGUGGUUUUGAUAAGAGGAAGUCUUUCGAUAUUUCGGCACCUCCUCAAAAUAAAAAGAUUACUUUCGACGAUUAAUGAUCGCUAAACAUUUGUACAUAAUGAAAGGUGCACGUGGAUCGUGGGGAGAACGAGCUAAUCAAGUAUUGAAGUAUACAAAGGGAAAGUCAUUCCGCCAUGAGAAGCAAAAGAAGAAACGCGGUAGCUAUCGCGGUGGGCAGAUAGAUAUGAGUGUUAAUUCCAUUAAAUUUGACGACGAUUAAACAAUUAUAUUUACAUACACAUUUCAUAAUUCUUCACAUUAAAUUUAGAUCAGUUAGAUAAUAUGUUAAGUUAAAUAUACUGCUUAUCACGAUUUAUAUCAAAAUAUAAAAUAAAAAUGGUUUACAGAAUGUUAAAAAAAAGCAAUGUGGAGAGUUAUAUAGCAGAUUCGGUUGAAUGCUUACGAUCAUGUACAAAAUACUAUUAUAUAUGAAUUAACACAAAGUCUUAAGUAUAGUAUACAAUAUAUGUGCAUUGAAUUAAAUUUACAAAUUAACACUAGUUAUUUGACAGAAUAAAUAUUAAACAUGGCUAUAUUUCUUAAUUAAGUAAUUUUAUGUGCAGUAACAUUUUUAUAUUUCGUGCAUUCAACUGAAUUUACUAUUACUAGAAAGAACGCAAACAAUUCAUUGUUAUUAGCAAGUAAUGUUUACAUUUUGACAAAACUACAUGUUUCUUAUUCUCGUAAUCGCUAAUAUCCGUAAUUAUGUACUGUAUAUCAAAAUUGUUAAUUUUAACGCAUUGUGACACAUGUGCUAAUUACUUCAAAAUUGAUAAUAAAAACUCGUUUCUUAUAUCUUACA